CCUCAAUCUGUUUGCGCUCCGCGGCGUCCGAGCUUUCAUUUGCCCUUUCCCACGUGGGUAUAGCCCGUGCUCGCUGAGGCCUGCCCUCGGUCACACGAAGGCCUUCACCACGAUGGCAAUAAGAGUGGCUAUGGUGCAAUUUGCCCCAAAGAUAGGAGAGGUACAGUACAAUGUCGAUAAAGCCACGAAGCUGCUGGAAAGCGUCGAGCCAGGCUCGGUCGACCUCGUCUGCCUCCCUGAAAUGAUCUUCACCGGAUAUGCAUUUCCUAACGCCGAGGCUAUUUCACCAUACCUUGAGGAUCCGGUGGCAGGUCCUACAUCACGCUUCUGCGCGGAAUUGUCCAAGAAACUGCGCUGCUAUGUUGCAGCAGGAUACCCCGAGGCGCUGGGAGCCGACGAGCCUCGCAGCGUGAUCGUAAUGGAGAAUUACGAGCACGAAGAGGUCGGGGCUAAUAGCGUGGCUCUGUACGGCCCAGAUGGGACGCGUAUCGGCAACUAUCGAAAGACGAACCCGUUUGAGACCGACAAGACUUGGGCCAAACCAGGCACCGGGUUCGCGACCUACAAGCUGCCGCAUCCCAUACAUACCAUGGCACUCGGCAUAUGCAUGGACCUUAACGCGCAGCCUCCGGCUCUCUGGACCCUGAAAGAUGGACCCUAUGAGAUCGCGCAGCACUGCAUCGAGAAGCGGGCCAACGUCCUUCUCCUCCUCAACGCUUGGCUGGACUCUGAUGUGGAACCCGACGACGCAAAGGACUGGAGUACGCUGAACUUCUGGGUGGCACGUCUCCGCCCUCUUUGGGCACGCUCGGAGGAGUUCUCUGACGCCGACAGUGACGAGGAUGCGUCAGAAGUGGCGAAGCCGGACGACGAGCUUCCUGGUCCAGAGACGAUAGUUAUUGUAUGCAAUCGCUGUGGGAAGGAGAAUGGGGUAACAUUUGCUGGAUCUUCGGCGAUAUUUUCUUUGCGAAGGGGUUCCGGCAGACCAAAGCUUUUGCACUCUAUGGAUAGGUCCACCGAAGGUGUGGCAAUAUGGACUGUAUAA